UUAAGUCAAGGUCUUAUUAUUUCAAGCGCCUAGGAGGCCAACACUUCAUAAAACCCUUCAAUUCUACAUAGACCAAGAAGAAAUUUUAGAAAGCAAAAAUGGCCUGGAAAACCGAUACUGACCUCGAAAAUUCCGACCCAAUUCCAGAUUCCGGCGAUGUUGAGUGGCCUUGUAAACCCGUCGUUGAAUCUUCAGGCUGGCCUACUAGUUGGCAAAACGACAGUAACAAAUCAAAGCUACAAACCCCUUUGCCUACCGCCGAAGACGAAGCUGCGAACAACAGUCAACUUCCGGCAUUGCUCAAAGUUGCUGAAUAUUUGAACUCCACACUCAGUCUAGACGACGAUGACGAGUUUUCUGAGUAUAUAGGUGAAGAUGGGGAUUAUUUCAUCAAUGGGGAUGAGGGUUUUCUGGAUGGGGAAGAGGGGUUUCAGGACUAUGAUUUUUUUGUGAAGUUGUUUAAGCAGGAUGAUGGGUUAAGAGAGUACUAUGAGAAAAAUCGAGAGAAUGGGGUGUUUUGUUGUCUUGUUUGUUGUGGGGUUCGUGAGAAAGGGUGGAAGAGGUUUAAGGAUUGUUCAUCUCUUGUUCAGCAUUCCAUAAGCAUUGCGAAAACCUCCAAGAGACGAGCACAUCGGGCUUACUGUAAGGUCGUCUGUGAAAUUCUUGGCUGGGAUGUUAAUAGCCUGCCUUCCAUUGUCCUCUCUGCAGGCGUUAAGCUCGGUGAAUCUUCUGAUAAACCAGUUAAGGCUCAGUUUGCAAUCUUGCAGGGGAAUGUAGAUGAUGAUGGUGGGGAUGACGGUUUGAGUGGUCAUUGCAAAUCCACAAGUUCUGUAAGUGUCAGCGAUACUGAAGUGUCUCUGUCGAAGUUGUCUUUGAUUGAUGAAAGCCAACAAGGAAAAGAUUGUUGCUAUCCAAAAUUAGAGCAGAACUCUCUAAGUGGAGCCAUUGUUGAUAGAAGCUUGGGAGAUCUCGGCAAAGGUACUUCUGAAACAACCAAAGAGAAUGCUGAGGGGGAGAAUUCUGUGAGCAAAGCUGGUGUUGAUGGACUCUUGGAAGAUCUCAGCUUUCUUACUCUUGAAACACAAAAAUUGAAUGCAAAGGGUGCAUCUGAUCGUGUGGUGCCUUGUGAAGAAACUGGGGAAUCCUCCAAUCUGGCAUAGUUUCCGCGAAGGGAACAAGGUGGCACACAUUUUGGUAACUGAAGAUUCCAAGAAAUCUCCUCUACAUCAGCUUAGUGUUUUUUGUUGAAUGCACCGCCAUGGAUUAGUACCAACCCUACAACAAGAUAACGAAGGCUACUAUAUUAGGAAAAAAGUCAAGUCUCUCGGUUUGUAAUAGUCUAGUAAAACUUGGAAACUAAGUAUCUCAUUAACUCAAAUGUAGUAGCUAGUAGUACUGCCAACUAUGGUAUAACUGCUACUUACUUGAGAUCUCAGUUCUAGGUUAUGCCUUAAUUUCUACUUUUGCUUGUUUAUAGAUGCAUGUUGUUGAGACUUUAGAGAAUAUGGUUCUGUAUUUAGAUGGAAAAUCUCUGUUGGAUGAAUGAGGAAACAACGGUUGGUUGGUGUUUGAGGUGAACCACUUUGUUUAAAAAGACGUAAUAGUGGUUGAUUUGGCAUUGACAACAAAUAGUUGGAAUGUUUUUAUGCUAAUGAGAGGUAACAGGUACCUAAUGGGAUGAUGAAGGUGCACACAAGUUGGCCCCGUCACCACUAUAUUGACGACAAUGAUGGGACGAGCAAGCAAAGUUUUAUUGUUUUGCUCAGCAAUAUUUUGAUAUAUAAUGCGACUUCUAAAGAAAAAUGUAUGACAUGACAACUCUAGUUCUAGUUUUUAGCCCAAAAAAUAAAAAAGAAAGAAGAAUUUUUAAACGCUGUAAUGAGUGAUUGUAAUAGUUAAAGAAUCUCAAUUUAAAUUUAUAGUGGUUAAUCAAUCCCCAAGAGAAUAAAACUAAUACUCAAGAA